GGAACAGGUGCAAACCGCUCUUUCUGGGGCAGAGCUUGGGAGUAAAGGCAGAAGGCAGAGGAGAGAAUAUGAAGGAGGUUCAUUCUGGCUUCUAUGAGGUGAAAGGAGAUUGAGAAUAGCUUUUCCUGGGUCACUGGUAACAAAUGAAGAAAACUUCAGGCUUCCUAUUGGCAGUACGACUACAUUUACUUACAAACAAGACAGGGUCACCUCUUCAAAUCCAUUGAGAGAAGCUAUGGGCCCCACUACACAGGCCACAUUAACGGUUCCUCCCAUUUGUUUCUGGUCAGUUUCAGGACCCUUCACAGGGCAGUCGGGGCACUAUAUCAAGCUGCUUCUAGCCAGUUGGACUUCAGAAACCCCCCAAGUCAGCCAUCUGAAUCCUAGAUCCAGCGUGUAGUACCCAUGGCCCCAAGCAUGGAGUAUUUCAGAGCUUGUCUCCCUUGGAAUCACUAUAAGGACUUGGAGAGGGGUGUUUGCAUGGUGCCUCCACAUCAAGUCUUCUCAGUAUGAGAUUCUUCUUGACAAUAUAAUCCACUCACUUGUAUAACUGAGCCUUCCCAGCAGACAAUGGACUUUCUCUACCACAGGCUGUGGGGAUCUGAAACUUUCCACACUGCCAGUUAGAAGGUCAUCUGCCUGGGGACAAACUAUAUUUUGUGCCUAGUGUCACACAGGAAGUCUGUAUAUUUCUGUUACCCGUUGAGUGACUGAAUGAGACAAUGGCCUGAGAGCCUGGAAAUAGCCCAGGGUUGUGUGCUGAGAAAUAUGCUAGCUGUCCUGUUGGGAUGGGCCUACCUAUUUUCAGGUAGGUACCCCUUUGAUGUUCUCAAAAGAACAGGGACAAAAUCGCUCAAUGAAGGUCUACACUAAGAUGCUUUUCCAUUCUGCACUCCAGCCCUAGCCACCUAGAAGUUCUACCUAAAUCCUUGAGUUCUGGGGUCAAGUGACAAACAAGUCUAGUCAUAGUAACAACUACAGACAGUCUCCAACCCAUUAUGCAAAGAGGUUCUAAGGAGAAGGGGGUUUCCAAAUGGGAGUCUAGACCCCUCACUCUCACACCUGACAAAUGCAAGCCUCAGCAGCAGCAGCAGCAACAACAACAACAACAGAAGAUAUGCCUGCACUGAAGCAUCUCCGCUGAGGUCCCUGCUGCCCACACUUUAAGCAGAGGGUGGGGACACUGGUUUUUGCCUCUGCUCAGAGCCCCAGCUCAAAGGAUGCUGGGCGGAGCCAGGCUAGCUGUUGCACAGGCUGGCUGGCUGGCUGCUAAGGGACCUCCACAGCUCUGCUAGAGAAGGAAAGAGACUGACAUGGAACAGGUGAAGGGUCUGACUGGCCUCGUCCUGGUGAUCUUUCUUCAAGGUACGGUGGUCCAGCCCAAACAAGAAAACCAAAACCAUUUGGUAAAAGUGGAUGACAAUCGAGGGGAUGACUCUGUAUUUCUGACAUGUGGCUUGAAAGACAAGACCAUCACGUGGCUUAAAGAUGGGCACGCAAUAAGUUCGAAUGUAACUAAACACACGUGGAAUCUAGGAAGUAGUGCCAAAGACCCCCGGGGCAUGUAUUGGUGUCAAGGACCAACGGGCAAGUCAAAGCCACUCCAAGUGUAUUACAGAAUGUGUGAGAACUGCAUUGAGCUAAAUAUAGGCACCAUAUCCGGUUUUAUCUUCGCCGAAAUCAUCAGCAUUUUCUUCCUUGCUGUUGGUGUAUACUUCAUUGCUGGGCAGGAUGGAGUUCGACAGUCAAGAGCUUCGGACAAGCAGACUCUGUUGCCAAAUGAACAGCUCUACCAGCCCCUCAAGGAUCGGGAUGAUGACCAAUACAGCCAUCUCCAAGGAAAUCAACGGAGGAAGAAGUGAGCUCAACAUGAACCAAGUAGGUGUUGCCCCUCCCAUCCAGAACCCAGGAUCAAAGCAAUGUGUUUCAGAGAGGGCCCAGUAGAGAGAUUUUCAGCCCUGCCGUUAAUCUGUAGAGGUGGCAAGCAGAGAGGACGAACCGUCUGAGAAAGUUUGGGUUUUUCUCAAAAUAAAAUAAAAGUCCAGGCUUGGGGGAGCUGGUGGUGUAA